CAGGAAGGAGCAAACGCUACUUCCGCCUGGAGCGUAAAUGUGUCUCCACGUGACUUAUCAAAGCGUACAAAACGGAUUCCAGUGAGGACGUGGUGUUUGUUUCUGAAAAGUCUGCGCCUAAACCCGUAGAGACCACAAUCGACCUGGAGAAGCUACUGGCUCUGCAGAGAGACAUUGAUGAGCAGUCCCAGCCCACGCAGCCUGCCAAACCUCUGACAAGCCACACGAUCAGUGCUGAAGCAAAGAUGAAGGGGGAGAACGGUGAGGUUAAUAGAAUAAAGAAGGAGAAAAAACAGAAGAGAGGACAAAUAUGUUCACCAGAAAUCCAAAUCUGCACAGCUGAGAAUGGGAGCCAAGCCAAGACUAAAAAGAAAUGGAAAAAAGUAGAAACGGUGGCAAAAGAAAAGGAAGAUGAAACCGAUCAGAAGAAAGACAAGAAAAAAACGAAAAGGAAGAAACAUGAUGGUGUUUCUUCAACUAUUGAAACAGAUGACGACGAUAAGAGGAAGAAGAAUCCGAUAGGAGACGGUGUAAUUCAAGCAGAAAGUGUUACCUUGAAGGCUGAAAAAUUGGAAAAGAAGAAAAAGAAAGAGGAGAAACUCAAGGACAAAUGUGUACAAAUCACACCAGAAAAUAUGAAGGUAGAAGAAGACGAGGAAAUGCAGAUCGGAAGUAAUAAUCGCAAGAAACCCAAGAAGAAAAAAGGCGAAGUUUUAGUUUUGAGGACAGCUGAUACUAAAGAGAUAGUUGUAGAAAAGAAAAAGAAAACUUUUGUAAUAACUGAUGGAGUUGGUGAAACAAAAGCAAAAAAGAAAGCAAAAGUGUUGGAAAAUGGGAUAAAAGUAGAGAAAGAAGAGACAGAGGUUAGCAAGGUGAAAUUAAAAAGGAAGAAAGAGAAGGAGAGUAAAUCUGAGGGAUUUGGAAAUGAAAUCAAAGCAAAGAGGAAAAGAUCGACAGAGGAAGAGGAAAUUCUCCCAAUGAAAAAAAACAAGUUAAAAAACAAAGAGAUUGCUGUAGAGGAAGAUUUAAAUGAGGUAAAGAUCAAAAAGAAAAAAAAGAGUAAGAAAGCCAUAGAGGAAGAUGGGAAAAUAGAAGCUGAGGAGAUGGAGCCACAGAAGAAGAAGAAGAAAAGAGUAAAGGAGAAUGAGGGUGUGGAGGACAGCAUCACUCUGGCUGCUGAACCGCAGAGCAAGAAGAGCAAAAAGAAGAAAAACUUAGCUGAAGACGAUCAGGACAUGAACACUGAGGCCCAGGCUAUGGGAAAAAAGAAGAAAAAAAACAAAGAAGAGCAGGAAGACUCACAGGACUUUGCCGAAGGCGAUGUCGUUUUCCUAUCAGCAAAGACUGGAAACAUCGAUGAGGUCUCCAUUAAUCCAGAGAGAAGAAAAGCUCUUCAAAUGGAGAUCGAGGAAGCUUCCGUACCUCAUAAACCGGAUAAAUCUGCGGCUUUGGGUCAGUGGAGUACCGCUCAGUUCGACAACUCCCAACAGCAGCAGAAGUUCUUGCGGCUGAUGGGCGGCUUCAAGAAGGGCUUCCAGCUGACUGGGACCGCAGCUGGAGGAGCCAACAUGGCGCUGGGGAAGGACGCGCAGCAGCAUCUGCAGCAAGGGCUUCUGGGAGAGUUUGAGCGAGCACACGCACGGAAAAUGGACUUCAGUAACAGAGGAGCGGGACUUGGGUUUACGGGACCCUCCAAUAAGAAGUUCGCCAUCGACAUCAAUGCGUCUCGAUCCGUCCGCUUUGAUGACUAACUAGGGAGGUCGGCCUUUUUGUACUUCUAGUGUCUUCAAGUAUUGAUUCAACUGGAGACUAGUUUAUAACUCAUCAACAUGUAUAUAAUGACAUUUUAUGAAUGAGAAAUUUGCAAAUUGCAUGUUGUGUAGCGUUACAUACCAGACUUUGGAUAGUAGACUGUCAUUGUUUUGUAAAUUUCUCUGAAGACAUUGUGAUGAUGUUUAUUUUAAUAAAUUCUCA